ACGGAACUGGAAGAAAGAUAAGCAAAAACACUCAGAAGAGAGAGCGAGAGUGUGUGUACGGACAUGAGAUCAUUCAUGGCUGGAACUGGAACGAUCCCAGCUUCGUCUUCUUCGCAUAUUCUCUUCUCUUCCACUUCGCAACUACGCCUCUCUCCUUCCCCUCUUCUUCGCUGGGGUGACCCAACCUACAACACAGCCUCCGCCGGCACUGUCCGAUGCCGAACGAAGCCGAGGCCUGCGGCGGUGGUGACUCCGUCGACGACGGAAACUGAUCUUAAAAGCCAAGGGAGCGAGAAACAUGAGUUCUACUCUAUCGAACACCUUACGACGUGGCUGUUGAAGCAAGAACAAAGCGGUAGCAUAGACGCCGAGCUCGCCAUCGUCCUCUCCAGCAUCUCCUUGGCCUGCAAACAGAUCGCUUCGCUGCUUCAGAGGUCUAGCAUUACUAACCUCACCGGUGCUCAUGGAACCAUUAAUAUCCAAGGCGAAGAUCAGAAGAAGCUCGAUGUUAUCUCGAAUGAGCUAUUUUGCAGUUGUUUAAGGUCUAGUGGCCGAACUGGAAUAAUAGCUUCAGAGGAGGAGGAUGUGCCUGUUGCAGUGGAAGAAACUUACUCUGGAAACUACAUUGUUGUGUUUGACCCCAUUGAUGGCUCUGCCAAUAUUGAUACUGCCUUAACUACUGGCUCUAUCUUUGGCAUAUACGGCCCGGACAAGCAAUGCCUUGUUGAUCUUGAUGAUGACUCCCCGCUAGAUGAAGCUAAAGAGAGGUGCAUCGUUAGCGUUUGCCAGCCAGGUAGCAACUUGUUAGCAGCUGGAUAUUGCCUGUAUUCAAGCUCAAUUGUAUUCACUCUUUCUAUAGGGAAAGGAGUAUUUGCUUUCACCAUGGAUCCUACUUAUGGUGAAUUUGUUUUGACACAUGAAAAUAUUCAGAUUCCCAAAACUGGGAAAACUUAUUCAUUCAAUGAAGGAAAUUAUGACCUUUGGGAUGAAAAGCUAAAGAACUAUCUCGACCACCUUAGGCAGCCUGGUCCCACUGGCAAGUCCUAUUCUGGCCGUUAUAUAGGCUGCCUGGUUGGUGAAAUUCAUAGAAUGUUGCUUCGUGGUGGAAUCUAUGGGAACCCCGAUAACAAGUAUAGCAAAAAUGGGAACUUAAGGCUUCUGUACGAAUGUGCACCGAUGAGCUACCUUGUAGAACAAGCAGGUGGGAAAGCUACAGAUGGUCAACAAAGAAUUCUUGAUAUCAUGCCAUUGGAGGUGCACCAGCGCACACCAAUUUUCAUUGGAAGCGCAGAGGAAGUGGAAAAAUUAGAGAAGUAUUUGGCCUGAGAAAAAUUUGGUUUUAUUUUGUUUUUCAAACUAUUGCAGUUGAUUUUUUUCAUUUUCUUGCAAGUAUAUAUAUUACAUUUUUCAUUCCUAUUAUUAAGACAUGCUUUCAUAUUCGAUUAUAA